AUGUCUGCGCGGUCGCCCAUACUCCUCUUGAAGACCAAGUCUUCUCCCCAUGACGGAUACGAUGAAUUCUUCUCAGCAAACCAUUACAACCCCGUGUUCAUCCCUGUGCUAGAGCACCGCUUCCACCGGGAGAAUCUCGCCCGCGUGCGGGGUCUCUUCGCAUCCGGCGCAUUCAACCCCGAGGGAAGCGCGAAUGAGUCCAAUGGCGCGAGUCGGAGAUACGGAGGCCUCAUCUUCACCAGCCAGCGCGCGGUAGAAGGAUUUGCGAAGAUGAUCGAGGAAGACGGCCUUGCAGCGCCCCCCGGAUGCCACUCGCAAUCCAAGAACCCCCUCAUCCUGUACACCGUCGGCCCCGCCACAGCCCGCUCUCUCACGAGCCUGCGCGAUCAGUAUCUGCCUGCAGCAACUAUCCACGGCGCGGAUGCCGGGACUGGAGAGGUCUUGGCCCACCUAAUUCUCAAACACUACAAUUCGUUAUUCCCACCAUCGUCAUACCAGCGGAAUCCCUCCAGCAAGCCAGGCCUCCUCUUCCUCGUAGGCGAACAGCGGCGCGAUAUCAUCCCCAAGACACUCAUGGCACCAUCCCUACCCCGCGAGGAGCAAAUACCGGUCGAGGAACUGGUCGUAUAUGAAACGAAGCAAAUGGAGUCAUUCGAAGACGACUUUGCCGCCGCAGUACAGCAGGCUGCAGGGUCACCUACCCUGUGGGUAGUGGUAUUUUCACCGUCCGGGUGCGAGGCCAUGCUCCGCGAGCUGAAACUGGGGCCUUUCGCCGACGCGGACCCCGGCGAGGGCAAGCGACGGGUAUUUGUGGCGACGAUUGGCCCUACUACGCGCGAUCACCUGCGGAGCAAGUUUGGAUUCGAGCCAGACGUUUGCGCCGAAAAGCCCAGUCCAGAAGGGGUUGGAGAGGGCAUUCAACGGUUCAUGCGCUUCCAGGGCAACUAA